AGCACCGCCGUAGGUGCAGGUAGCUGUGGUUGCGGCUACCUCUAACGCCGCUACUUUCGAAAAUGGCAUUUAGGGUUACAAAUCACAAGCCCGGUGGUGUCCUCCAUUACCCAUUGGUGCUACUGUGUGGUGUGUGCAGCACUGGCAGCUCUGUGGCCUCGGUGUCCGUGGCAAACCUGUCCGGCACAUGCCCCAACCACUUCACUUCGUGGCCGACAGCGAGUGGAGCAUUCAAAGUGAUUCGUUCGGCUUGUAUGCGGGAGAAAUGACAUUGUCCUGAGGCACGAUGGAGCCCGUGAAACAUUUACCUUGUUCUUUCAGCCAGUGCUUCACCAUCAGUGCAACUACAUCCGGCUCGUCUACGUUACAUGCCUUGAUGCACCACAGGACGGUCACUUUCAAGGGCCCGAGGAGGAAGACUGUUCAAUCGAGAGCGCUUGCAAUCGUAUCGGCUUGGGAAUGCAAAUUCUACAGAUGGUAAUGGCCGAAACGCUAGCAGCAGGCGGCGUCUGUCAAAAGUCGUUUUGUCUGGAGUGUACGGAAGGUGGAGGGCCCAUGGUUCACGUCUUCGAAAGCAAGCUUCGCUACAUCGAGGCCCGUGCGAUGACGAGCGAGGACAUCUGGAACCGCAUAGCAACCGAGCUGAUGAGUUCAGAACUGAGAGACGGGGAUCGCUGCAAGUUUGUGGCAUUUCUGUCCUGGACGCGUUAUCAGGGUGACGGAGUCAGGCCGACGAUGCACAGCGAGGUUAUGAAGCGAGUAACGGGUCACGCUAUGGUCGGUGCCGGAGGACUGGCUUUGUGCGGAACGGGUUGCCUCUACACUUGGGCUCAGAACGUCGACGAGCUUUCUUGGAGGUUGUACGACACAAGACAGGUGGAUCGCCUGCAUUUUAUGGACGACAGCAACUACAGGGGCACACUUUCAUCAUGCUACUCGAGCACCUUGGGUGGUGUGCUACAUGAACUAGGCCACACGUUCGGCCUUGGCCACACAGCUGAUGGCAUUAUGGGCCAUGGGUUCCACGAUAUCUCUUGCAUCUACACAGUUUCCGCUGAUGAUUCCGAAAUGGUUGCAAACUACGUUUCUGCUCCAGCCACACAAUCGUUGGGAAGCGGAGACGUCAUCAAGGAGAACCCACCUUUACUGGGGAAAAUCCGCCUGACAACUCUCGAGCCAAAAAAGUCCCGUGAUCUGGCAGCGCACAUCCAGAGUCCAAAGUCGUCCACUUCCGGAGCCAAAUGGACACGUUCUUGUGCCAUCAUCUUGAGUUAUCACCCAUGGUUAAACAUCAGCAGGACGUCAAAUGAUGCUGGCUCAAUACAGUUCCAUAAUGAGCAGCGCUUGACAUCGCCACAUGGGAUUCGUCUCGUCGAAUUUCGCCGCGCCGAAGAUGCAAUGGUCAUUGACUACUGGGAGUUUCCCGAAGGUGCCGAGGAAGUAUGCAUCGAGGCCAGAAAGUUGCACUUUCUGCAGUCGCCAACAUCUGUGCCUUCCUUGGAGCAAAAGCAGGAGUUCAGUGAUAUCGAUUCCCUUUAUGUAUUUGCUAUUGAUACUGCUGGAAACAUACUAGGAAGAAAUAUUAAUGUGCCACUUAAUUAAAGGAAAUCAACGCUGU